UUCCUCCUGGCACGCUUGGGCGGCAGGGGUAAAACCUCCAUGGCUCUGCCGACUUUUCCCGGCCGCUUUGCCCCUGUUUGCCCGGUCCCGCCGCCGCCACCUCCUCCUCCCCCUCCCGCUCCGUUCCGAUGCCUUCCCUUCGGGCCGCCCCCGCCUCCCCAGGCCUAUCCGCCUCCACCGCUACCUCCGCGGCUGGGUCCCUUCCUGGGGACUCCAGGCCCUAGCGCGGGCCCCUUCCUCCCGCCUCCCAUCCCGCCGCCCCCGAUUCCGCCACCGCCUCCUCUCCCCCAGUGUAGGCCUUUUCCGGGGCUCGAGGGUGGGGAACGGCUUCCGCCACCUUCCCCGGCCCCUCCUUGGGCUCAGCGUUGGGCAGAGGCCCCGCCACCCGACGGGCUCGGGGACACGGCCCUGCAGCGCCAGCGGGACCGCCAGUGGCUGGAGGCCGUCUUUGCAGCCCCACGGCGAGCGAACGGCCCGCCCGCCUCGGGGGCAGCGGCGGCGGCUGCUCCUCCGCCGGGCCCCAGCCUCGGCGAGCUCCGGGGGCGGCUGCGCGGAGCCCUGCGCCUGGUGAGCCGGCUACGCGGCCUGUGCCGGGCCCUGCGGGAAGCCGAGGCCGACGGGGAGGCGUGGGAGCGGCUGCACCAACAGGCGGCUCCGCUGCGGGAGCAGCUGCGCGGGGACCUCGAGCAGCUCAGCCAGCCAGCCUACGUGGGCGCCGCGCGGAGGAAGCUGGAGCGCGUCCGGCGGAGGCGGCAGCGGCUCCGGGAGAGGGCCCGCGAGCGCGAGGCCGAGCGCGAGGCGGCCCAGGCCCGGGCGGCAGAGCGCGAGGAGGAGAUCGACCGCUGGAGGAACAAGUGCGUGCAGGAAGUGGAGGAGAAGGCCCGGGAACAAGAACUCAAAGUCGCUGCUGAUGGUGUUUUAUCGGAAGUGAGGAAAAAGCAAGCAGACACCAAGAGAAUGGUAGAUAUUCUUCGAGCCUUAGAGAAACUGAGGAAACUAAGAAAAGAGGCUGCAGCUAGGAAAGGGGUUUGUCCACCUGCCUCAGCAGAUGAAGCUUUUGAACAUCAUGUAGAGAGACUGAGAAAAUUAAUCAAAAAACGUACUGAACUGUACGAAGCUGAAGAAAGGGCACUGCGAGUUAUGUUGGAAGGUGAACAAGAAGAAGAGAGAAAAAGAGAAUUAGAAAGGAAACAGAAAAAAGAAAAAGAGAAGAUUUUACAUCAAAAACAGGAAAUUAAUUCCAAGUUAUUUGGGGACCCAGCUGAAUUUCCACUUAGUCACCUCCUACAGCCCUUCAGGCAGUAUUAUCUGCAGGCAGAACAUUCCUUACCAGCUCUCAUUCAGAUCAGGCACGAGUGGGAUCAGUAUUUGGUACCUGCAGAUCAUCCUGAAGCAACCUCAGUCCCUCAAGGAUGGGUCAUUCCUACACUCCCCAGCAGUGACUCCUGGGCAGCUGCGCUCAGACUGAAUCCAUGAAAAUGGUCUCCUGGACAUGCUUAUGUGUCUGCAGACUAAGCCAGGACAGAGCCUCUGACCUCUCUGGAGCAGCACUGAGUGAAAGCUCUUUUUUCAUGUGCUAGAGGGACCUUUGGCAUCAGUAGGUUAAUACUGUUCUUCAGGAGAGGCCAAGGGCAGGGAGGAAGGGAUGUGAAUUGUGCUCUUACUGUAUAGAAUGGCCUUUGUUGUUGCACUUUUAAACUUAACUUGCCCCUGUUUCGAGGGGGUUGGUCAAAUGUACCUUCUCUUAUGCAAUGUGUGUGGGUGUGUUCAUGUACACAAACAGAAAAUCCAGAUAUGCACUGCUGGUCUUUCCUGAAAGAUCUGAAGAAAAGAGCUGAUCUUUCCUGAAAAUGGAGGAGUCUGAACGGGUGUGAAGGUAGAUCUUUCAUUCUCUUCAUCCAAAGUCGUAAGUCCUAGGUUGGUGCUAAUAGUCUUUAUAAAUAAAAAUGACACAAUCUUGUUUUAAAGUCCUUAGUUGGAGUAAGGUCUGCACGUUUAAAAACACAUCAGAGCACUGAAGAGAACAGUCCUUACGCUGCCUCCCUCUUUCCAGCCCUUCCCCAACCAUAGUUUGUAGCUUCAUUGUCAGUACUACUUGUAUCCGUACAACAAGAGAAAACAUGUUGGUGCUUCUCAGCUGGUUCCAGCCUGGGUUGGGUCACCUGUAGUUUUUGGAUAUUGGAUCUUCUGACCUGGGCUUUUUUCUUUAGGAAACUUGAGCAAGGUGUUGAUUACCUCUUUCCACAAGUUGGAUGGAUCUGCCUUAAUUGUAGAGUCAUGCCUCUUCUGCAGAUUGAAAGUCCCAAUGAAAAUAGAUUUCUGUACAGAGGUUGGAAGGCUCAGCAUCUUCAUCGAUAAAGAUUCUAGUUUGCCCCUGGAAGCAGACUUCCUAACCUGAAACCGUUACACACUGGAGGAAAUACACAGCUAUAUUAUAAAAACGAUCUUAUAUUUACCUGUUGCAAAUGAGAUAUCUGUCGCAAUGCUGCUAAAGCAGCUCUAUAUACAGCACAGGCUGAGAGGACAGAUUUUCACAGAGUAAAAUUUAUUUUCGUCAAUGAAAUGUUGUUCUUGAAGAUAUUCAGUACUGUAAAAUGAGAGUUUACACAUGCUUUAUGCCAGAUGGUAUAAAAUUAAUUUAUAUUUUUAUAAAGCCAAAUAAACAUUUUAUUUUUAAAUUAA